AUGGAUCCUUCAGAUGUCUCGAUGUCUGAUGUCUCAGACGAUGAACAUGGGCCUUCGGAUGAGGAAGACGAUAGCAUGUCAGUUGACCAAGAAGAUAGCGUCUCGGAAGAUGAAGACGAUGGAGUCUCAGACGAUGGAGUCUCAGACGAUGGAGUCUCAGACGAUGAAGACGAUGAGGGCUCGGACGAGGAAGAGGAUGGGGUCUCAGAGGGUGAAGACGAUAGGCUUCCACACGAAAAAUGUGGGCUUUCAGACUACGAAUACGUUACGCUUUCAAGAGACCAGAACUUUGGGCUUCUCGAGAAAUCUGCCGAGCUUCAAGACGAGGAAGCUGAUGCAAUUCUAGACGAAGAAGCCGCUGAAGCUGCUUGGCCUACUUGUUGCAUAUACCUUACGGAGUACGCAUAA